GCUGGGUAAAUCCUUAGCUUCUAGCGUGGAAAAUAGAAAAUUGAAGAGAAUUUAAUUGAAUUUUAAGGAAGAGCGGUUGAAGUGAGGAUCAUCAUGCCUAAAGUUCAGAGUAUAAAAAACUCUCUUACACCUUCAACUUCUAGUUUAAUAAGUGAAUCUGAUAAACAGCUGGAUUUUUUGCCUGAGAAGCUAAGGGGAAAGCUGCUUCCAUUCCAGAAAGAGGGCAUCAUUUUUGCUCUCAGAAGAGAUGGCAGGUGUAUGGUGGCUGAUGAAAUGGGUCUAGGAAAGACAAUCCAGGCAAUUGCAAUUGCUUACUUCUAUAGAGAGGAAUGGCCUCUUUUAAUAGUGGUCCCUUCAUCUCUGAGGUACCCUUGGAUAGAAGAAAUAGAGAAGUGGAUCCCAGAGCUAGAGCCUGAAGAAAUCAAUGUUAUUCAGAACAAAACUGAUUUUUGGAGAAUAUCGACCAGCAAAGUGACAGUUCUGGGCUAUGGUCUUUUAACCACUGGUGCAGAAACUUUGAUAGAUGCCCUAAAUAACCAGAACUUCAAAGUCGUUAUAGUGGAUGAAUCACACUAUAUGAAGUCUAGAACUGCAACUCGCAGCAAGAUCUUGUUGCCAGUAAUACAGAAAGCCAGACGAGCUGUUCUUCUUACAGGAACUCCAGCUUUGGGAAGACCUGAAGAGCUUUUCAUGCAGAUUGAAGCUCUCUUUCCACAAAAAUUUGGAACAUGGACUGACUAUUCCAAAAGAUACUGUAAUGCACAUAUCAGAUAUUUUGGUAAAAGGCCUCAGUGGGACUAUCGAGGGGCAUCAAAUCUUAAUGAACUUCACCAGCUAUUAAGUGAUAUAAUGAUUAGAAGAUUAAAGACUGAAGUUUUAACCCAACUACCCCCGAAAAUCAGACAGCGUAUUCCAUUUGAUCUUCCACCAUUAAUAGCCAAGGAAUUGAAAAACAGUUUUGAAGAGUGGGAAAACUUAAUGAGAGCUCCAAAUCGAAGUGGCACAGAGACUGUUAUGGGAUUGAUUACGCACAUAUUUAAACAAACAGCUAUUGCUAAGGCAGGUGCAGUAAAGGAUUAUAUUAAGAUGAUGCUUCAGAAUGAUUCACUUAAAUUUCUGGUUUUUGCUCACCAUUUAAGCAUGCUUCAAGCUUGCACAGAAGCAGUAAUUGAAAACAAGACACGUUAUAUUAGGAUAGAUGGAAGUGUUCUAUCUUCAGAAAGGAUACAUCUGGUUAAUCAGUUUCAAAAGGAUCCUGAUACUCGUGUGGCUAUCCUAAGCAUUCAGGCUGCUGGCCAGGGUUUGACAUUUACUGCUGCAAGUCAUGUUGUAUUUGCUGAGUUGUAUUGGGACCCUGGACAUAUAAAACAAGCAGAAGAUCGUGCUCACCGAAUUGGACAAUGCACUUCUGUGAAUAUCCACUACCUUAUUGCAAAUGGGACUUUAGACACCUUUAUGUGGGGAAUGUUGAAUCGAAAGGCUCAGGUCACAGGGAGCACACUGAAUGGGAGGAAGGAACAACUUCAGGCUGAAGAAGAUGAUAAGGAGAAGUGGGAUUUCCUGCAGUUUGCUGAAGCAUGGACUCCAAGUGACAGUUCUGAAUCACUCAGGAAAGAAGUCUUGUUCACUCCUUUUGAAAAAGAAAAACAGCAUGAUAUUCGAUCAUUCUUUUUACCAAAACCUAAAAAAAGACAGUUGGAGAUUUCCUGUGAUGAAUCAAGGAUAUACCAAGAGAAACAUACUAUAGUGGCAUCCGACCCUACUAAAAUUGAUACAAGGGAUAUCAUUAAAUAUGAAAGUGAUUUUGAACCUGAAAUUAAAAGACUGAAAUCAGUUACCACCAAUGACUACAGCCAUCCCCUGGACAAGAAACCAUCCUGGGCCAGGCAAACCAAAGCUGCAUUCAUGGAAGGUAGCCAUGAGGCCAAGAACCCAUCAACUACCCCAUCUGUUCCUGAGAAGGGCUGGCAAUGUAGUUUCUGCACCUAUAUCAAUAAUUCAGUGCUACCUUACUGUGAAAUGUGUGAGAAUCCUCAAGGCAGUGCUGACAGGCCCAACCAUAUCCAGGCUAAGAACAAAAAUAAAGAAGAUGAUCCUCAGAAAAACACCUCUGCAAAUAUUGAAGCUAGCUCAUACUGUGAAAAACAAGUCCUUGCACAGUCAGAACCUGACCAGUUGGCUGAGAACAAGGGAGAAACGUCAAAAGAGGAGAGGGAGGACACAUUCGCACUCCAGCCAGGUAAUGUAGAGAAAUUGAAGAGCUCAGACACUCUGCCGCUAUAUGAUAGCCUAAUGUUUUGUGCAAGUAAGAACACGGAUCGGAUUCACCUCUAUAAUAAAGAUGGAAAACAGUUGAACUAUAAUUUCAUUCCUUUGGAUAUAAAAUUAGACCUUUGGGAAGACUUACCACCAAGCUUUCAACUGAAACAAAAUCGCUCUCUGAUUUUGAGAUUUGUUCGAGAAUGGAACAGCCUAACUGCCAUGAAGCAGAGGAUAAUCAGGAAAAGUGGGCAGCUAUUCUGUAGUCCAGUUCUUGCUUUAGAAGAAAUCACAAAGCAACAAGCCAAACAAAAUAGUACCAAAAGAUACAUAACCAAAGAAGAUGUUGCUAUAGCCUCAAUGGACAAGGUAAAAAAAGAUGGGGGACAUGUCCGUCUGAUCACAAAAGAAUCCCGGCUGCAGGACCCUUCAAUAAAAAAUUUUCUUAAAGAUGGACCAUGUAACCCAUUUGUAAAUCCCCACACAUCCCAAGCUGAUCUCACGGUGAAGUCUUCUGCAUCUAAAGGCUAUUUGCAAGCUGUGGAUAAUGAAGGACAUCCACUUUGCCUUCACUGCCAGCAUCCCACUUGCCAAAGUAAGCAAGAGUGUACAACAAAUGCAUGGGAUUCACGGUUUUGCUCUCUAAAAUGUCAAGAGGAAUUUUGGAUGCGAUCUAAUAACAGUUACCUGCGAGCCAGAGUAUUUGAAAUUGAACAUGGCGUGUGUCAGCUAUGUAAUGUGAAUGCACAAGAACUCUUUUUACAUCUUAGAGAUGCCCCUAAAAGUCAGAGGAAGAAUCUUUUGGAUGCUACCUGGACUUCAAAACUCUCAUUAGAACAGCUAAAUGAAAUGAUAAGAAACCCAGAGGAAGGACAAUUCUGGCAGGUGGAUCACAUUAGGCCGGUAUACGAGGGAGGAGGACAGUGCUCCCUGGACAAUCUGCAGACUCUCUGUACAGUUUGUCACAAAGAGAGAACUGCCAGACAAGCCAAGGAAAGAAGCCAGGUGAAACGACUAGCUGUAGCGUCAAAGCAUGGAUCAGACAUAACACGAUUUUUGGUGAAGAAGUAAGGUAGAAAAAGAUAUAAAUGGAUGACACAUAAUUUACGUAUGGCAGAAUUUAACCCCUCCUAAUGUUUUUCAUGUCUAAUAUUCUGAGUGAAAUUUUGAAACAUCAGUAAUUUAAAUUCUGGCAUUGUACUGAGUACUUUUAGCGUUAAGUAGUUCUUGCAAGUAUUUGACAGAAACUGAGAUA